CGUCAAAACCGAAGCAAAAAGCUCUUACUUUCAGAUCGAUUAACCAGGAAAAAAAACAAAACAAAAAACUCAGUGAAAUGGAGGUGUACGGGCAGGAAGUGGUUCUGAUAACUGGGUGCUCGGAAGGGGGGAUAGGUCACGCACUGGCACGCGCGUUCGCUGCAGAGGGUUGCGUGGUGGUGGCGACGAGCAGGUCAGUGAGAUCGAUGGCGGAUCUUGAAGGGGACUCGCGAUUUUAUUUGCAAGAGUUGGACGUGGUUUCCGAGGAGAGCGUGGAGAGGGUGGUGUCGAAUGUGUUAGAGAAGUACGGCCGAAUUGAUGUGGUGGUUAACAACGCUGGGGUUCAGUGCGUUGGUCCAGUCGCUGAGGUCCCUCUCUCUGCUCUCCAGCACACUUUUAACACCAAUGUUUUCGGUUCCGUGAGGUUGAUACAAGCUGUUAUCCCCCACAUGGCAUCAAGAAGAAAAGGAAAGAUUGUAAAUGUUGGAAGUGUUACUGUUGCGGCACCUACACCAUGGGCUGGUGCUUACACGGCAUCCAAAGCUGCUCUUCAUGCACUCAGUGAUUCUUUAAGAAUGGAACUGCGGCCCUUUGGAAUCAGUGUGAUCACGGUUGUACCUGGAGGAAUUAGGUCAAACAUCGGACACGCUGCUUUAGCCAGCUACAACCAGAUGCCCGAAUGGAAGUUAUACAAGCCUUUCGACGCAGCAAUCUGUGCUAGAGCCACUCUCUCACAAGGUCCUAAAUCAACCCCUACAGACGAGUUUGCAAAGAAGACUGUGGCUGCCAUUCUGCAGAAGAAUCCGCCAGCUUGGUUCUCCUACGGUCACCUCUCUACCAUUUUCGCCAUCUUAUAUCAUCUGCCACUCUUCGUCAAAGAUUUUGUAUUGAGGAAAGCAAUGAAAUGUUGACUUGUUACUUAUUAUUCUGGUUGUUUAUAUAUCUACACUUCGUGUC